ACGAAAUCAGAAAAGUUAGCUAGGUAUAGUUUUCCUAUUCCAAUUCGAGGGCAGGACGACAGGAGAUAAUUGUAUAAUAUCCACCGUAACAGUUAUUUGCGUGACCAUUCAUUAAACUCAUUCAGAGAUAAUGAUCAUUCAACAAAAGAACGCAUUCCGGUCUGGAAACUCGUUUUUUGGAAUACCGGAGUGCUGCCACUAUUUGGCAACAGGGCGCAUUGACAGGAGCACCGUAAUGAUCUUUUCUAAGGAGCAAAGUUGACGCUCUUCAAGACUACCAUCUACCUGGGCUCGACCUGAACCUGGGAAGCAACAAAAUUCUACCAUGCUGGACCACUAUAACUGUGCACCUUGGGCGUCUUUGUUCUUCUGGGAGCCAAGAAGCCAGUUUAUCUUGGUUACCGUAGACCACGUUGAUAACGCGUUUCAUAAAAAAAUGGGCUCCAGGGUCGGUGGUCUAGGUUCCUCUGGAUUGGCUGCAGAUAAGGCCCUAGCAGGAGUACCAAGGCUUCUUGAUGACUUACAACGCCUAUCAGAAGAUGUAGAUUCAGCCGACAUAGUUUUCAUUCUUGGGAGAGAAGAAGAGAGAGUUUUUGCUCACAGAGUUAUUCUUAUGGCCAGGUGUAAAAGUUUCCAAACAGCAAAACGAGGAGAAAUAUGUCGAAUUCCAGGAUGUACAGUAUCUCCAGCGGCCCCUGGCACUCCUACACCUGUAAGAUUGCCUCAAGUACCACCAGAUACAUUCAAGCAAUUUUUACUUUACGUGUAUACUGGAAAAAUAUUGUUACAAGACAAUGGAGUUUUCGAAAUGUUAGCUCUUGCACAAGAACUCGGUGUUGAAGAAUUGAGAAAUGCGUGCGAAGAUCAUGUGACGUCCACCUUAUCUGUACAAUCAGCUUGUACAUUUUUAGCUGCUGCCAUGGAUAUACAAGAACGGUCACCAGGUGGAAAGGCUGCAAGCGGAUUUGUAGAACGAUGUAUAAGUUAUAUUGGAGAAAAUGCUUCUAAUUGUUUCAAAACGAACUCAUUUCUCUCUUUGCCAAAAGAUGCAGUUAUCAAGUUGAUAUCAUCAGAUUAUUUGUGCAUGGAAGAAGAAGAUGUAUGGAGAGCUGUUUUAAACUGGGCUAAAUAUCAAGCUGGAGUAACACAACCAACCGCGCACUGGACUGAAGAAGAGAAGGCUAGAGUUUGCCAACAUCUGAGUCAUGUGAUAAAUCAUGUCAGGCUCCUUCUUAUUGACAGCAGGGUAUUCGCAGAAGAAGUUGAGCCCACAGGAGCAGUACCGAUGGAGCUUAGCUUGGAACGUUAUCGGCAUGCCGCUCUUCCUAAUAAGUAUCAAGAUUCAUCAGGUGAGCCAAGACUCAGACCAAGAAUGUCCCCACAUUUAUUUCCUGGCACUCAAAUACUCAGCCAGGAUAAGAGUCAUUACCAGAGGAUUUUGAAUGCAUGGUUUGGACAGGCAACCCAGACCUGGAGGCUUAUAUAUAGGGCCAGUAGUCAUGGUUAUUCAGCAUCUGCUUUUCACAGGCAUUGUGAUGGAAUUUCGCCCACAUUUGUUAUUACUUUAGGAUCAAGAGGUGAAAUUUGUGGAGGAUUCAGUGAUGUUGCUUGGGGCCGGCCUAGUGGUAAAAGCCAUUACAUAGCUUCUGACAGGGCUUUUCUGUUUACAUUACAUAAUCAUCAAGACUUACCACCAACAAAGUUCCACAUAGUGAAAAAAUCUUUCGCCAUAUGCUACCAUCCAGAUAUAGGUCCCACUUUUGGAGCAGGAGCUGAUCUUCUAAUCUCUAGUAAUUGCAAUAGCAAUGUAGAGAGCUAUUCAAAUUUACCCCACACUUAUGAUGGAGAAGGUGCAUCACCAAGUAUAUUGAUGGGUGAUUAUAACUUCACUGUUAUGGAUUAUGAAGUUUUUACUCCUUUAAACAUUGGUUCUAAACACACAAAAAGUUGA